ACUGGGUUGUAAGGUUGGCAGUAAAACAAAUAAUGGCGGAUAGGGUAUAGAAUGGUUCCGUGGUUAAAUUAUGUUUUUGUUAUGGUUUUCACGAUCACCUCAUCCAUUUUCAACAUGAGGGGGAAUACUGGAAGCAAUAAAAUAGUAUCAACAUGAUGUCUGACAUAUCAACAAUUUAGUGCAUAUGAGUUCAAGGAACGAUGUAAAAAUAUGGCUUCUAAUUCAUACAGCAGGACAGAAUGGGUAGAAAUAAUCGAGCCCAAAACUCAAGAACAUAUGUAUGCAAACUUGGCUACAGGGGAAUGUGUGUGGGAUCCUCCGGAAGGGGUACCUGUCAAAAGAACAGAUUCUAACCAGUGGUGGGAACUUUUUGAUCAAAAUACAGCAAGAUUUUAUUAUUACAAUGCUACAUCACAAAGGACUGUUUGGCAUAAGCCUACAAAUUGUGAUAUUAUACCCUUAGCUAAACUUCAAACUUUAAAACAUAACACUGACUGUACUCCAACUGCCACAAAUCAUCAAUCCACACAAACUGGACAUCUAACAGAAAGAGGUCAGGUUCUGAGCUUAUCGGCAAGCACACCCCAACUGCGCCGCAAACCUAGCGACCUGUGCAGAAGUAGUAGCUUCAGUCAAAGAGGUGCAGAAGCUCCAUUAUACUCUAAUUGGCAUGACUCUCAACUUCUGCCAUUAGAGCACUUUCUGCUCAAUAAUAGCCGUGACUCUGACAGUGACCAUUCAGACAGUGGAAGUGAAUCUCUCACCGGACAUGAACCCGAUAAUGAAGACUCUGAUCAAUCUGAGGGAAGUUACUUGCCUCAUCGUUUGUCACACAGGCCUGUGGAAUAUUUAAAUCUUCCGACAGCCACCAAUAUAGAGUCUAGAGACAGAGAAAGAGAAAUGAAAGAAAAAGAAAGGCCCACAGUUCCGUUGCUGAAACCUCUUGCUGAACCUCCAUUGCAGCCAGAAAGAGAAGCUGAUAUGGAAAAAUUUGCAGUCAACAAUCUUAAUUUAGGUGGUAGAGGGUUGUUCAGGCGUAAGGCUAGUGUACGAGAUCUUCUUAGUUGGUCAGCAAGAAGUCUGCAAAGACCUUUACUGGCAUCUAGUAAACCUGUGGCUCGACAAGCUUUAGAAAUGUUUAGGCAAGUACAAAUGUAUAUGGGCGAUAGAAAAGCUAGACCAGGCAUAUCUCUAAAUUCUUUGUUGAUGGAAAUACUUGGAACUGCCCAUGUCCAAGCACUACUUCGAGAUGAAUUAUUUGUUCAACUGUGCAGACAAACAACAGAAAAUCCUAGGAAGGAAUCACUUGUUCGAGGAUGGGAACUACUUACCAUUGCUCUAGCGUUCAUACCACCUAGUCAGGUAUUUCAACCAGCUCUAUUGGGAUAUCUCAAUAGGCAUAGGAAUCCCACUUUUUCCCGUGUUUUUCCAGAUGUUAACAGGUGGCCCACACAUGUACAGGUAAACCACUACGCAACAGUAGCUUGUCAACGGCUAGAACGAAUAGGUACAGGCGGAAAACGAACAGCUCGUCGCCCACAAAUAGAUGACAUUGAUGCCGCUCGCAAACAAAUUUUUCAAGCGAGUUUGUUUGGCAAUACAUUACGUGAGGUAAUGCAACUACAAGCUAGUCGGUGGCCAAGUCGUAGAUUGCCUUGGCCACAAGUGGAACUCUCUCAGCAAGUACUGAAACUUCAAGGGUUACAAACCGAAGGUAUCUUUCGCGUUUCAGCAGACGUUGACGAAGUGAAUAGACUCAAGGCACAAAUGGAUGCUUGGGAAAUAAGUGAACCUAGUGAUGCUCAUGUACCAGCCAACUUACUCAAACUUUGGCUCCGUGAACUGUAUGAACCACUAAUACCUGAUUCUCUCUAUCCCGAAUGUGUAGCUGAGCCAAUGACUCCCCGUCGUGCAUGUGAUUUAGUUCUACGUUUACCUACUCUGCAUAGACUCGUUUUAUGCUACUUAAUUCGGUUUUUGCAAACCUUCAACAAACCUGAUGUCAUACAACAUACUAAAAUGGAUGCGUCCAAUUUGGCUAUGGUGUUUGCGCCUAACUGCUUACGAUGCAUGGCUAGUGAUCCCCGUACCAUGUUCGAUAAUGCACGUAAGGAGAUGGCAUUUAUGCGUUGCCUCAUACAAGAACUAGAUACUGAAUGUGUUCGAGAUAUGAUCUGACCUCAACUCUCUCAUGUAUAUAACAUAUUUAUAUAAACAUACCAUUUGUUA